UUCAAGGAAGGAGGGCGAGUGAUGUGGCUGGGUCUAGCCUUGACCUAUUUUCUGCUUUGCCGUGCGUCCGAAUUAUUCGCGUACGCGGACGGGUUAGUGCACCCGGAAUUCUGCCUGACACGCAACAGUCUGACUUUCUACCGGGGAACAGAGCGGGUGGGCAUAGAGGACCGAGCCCUGGCUGAUUCCGUGCAGGUGGAUUUCAUUGCAUCGAAAGGGGAUCAGAACAGAGAUGGUCGUUCAAUCACCCGCGGGCGUAGCCCACUAGGACCCGACGGGGAGGUACCGGUAGGCGCGUUCGAGGCGGUGGUGGCUAUCCUGGACGUGCACCCCGAACUCCCGGGAAAUGCACCUCUGCUGACCAGGCAGACGCCGAGCGGUUGGCGAGUGAUUACUAGAACCGAAGGGGUAGCAGCGUUGAGAGUGAUGGUGGAAAGCAUUGGCUUGAACCCUGCACACUUCGCGUUGCACUCGGGAAGGAUCGGCGCUGCAACUCAGAUGGCAGCGCAGGGCCUGUCGGCGUUGCAAAUCCAACACGCCGGCAGGUGGAAGUCACAGGCGUUCAUGGUGUAUGUCAGGGAUACGGGGGCGGAGGGCGCCAAAGAGGUGUCAAGGGCUCUAGCGCAGAAGGGAGAAGGAAAAGUAAGCAACGGCCUCUGCCUGCGAAAUGGAGAAUGAGAGUCAAGUAGCCUCCGCUGGGCGGGGGUUACUUUUAUGCCAGGUUGGCAGAGUCCGUAAAAAUUAGGAGAAUACCGUGAGACGUGUAGAAGAAUGGUACCCACGAUGAGAUGGGGUAUGUAUUUUUUUAGGUCAACACGGAGUACGUUUUCCCGAUUAACCUCGGCAUAGGGUAGAAAAAUAAUUCCAGAAUUCUUGAGCAAUA